AUGCGCAGCGAAGGCUCGCUGUGCCAAGCCCUGCAGUGGGCGCAGAAGUUGGUGGACGGACCUCCAGCUGACAGCCAGGCCCAAGUCCUCAGCCCUACGAGUCCGGCGGACGAGGACGCAAACCCAGGUCCGGCUGUCAGCCAGGUCGAGGUCAAGCCAAUGCCCAAAAAGGCAGAUCAGACGUGGGUUGAGGUUGCAAAAGAAUGGCCAAAGAGCUUGGGCACCACGGCCAAGCUGCAGGCAGCGCCGACUCCGGCUGUCAGCCAGGCAAGCGCACGGCCUCCCGCAGCUAAAGCCGCUUCUCCGGCUGUCAGCCAGGCAAGCGCACGGCCUCCCGCAGCUAAAGAGGAGAGCAGCACAAAGGAAGGCAAAGGAGACGUGAAGACAGAGCAUCCGGCUGCCAGCCAGGUGAAGACAGAGGUCCCUGAGGUUGCUGCUGCCUCUAGCAGCGCGCAGACCAUGAAGAGAGAAGCCCCUUCUGCGGCCCCUUCUGCGAGUCCGUCCGGAGUGGCCGAUGACCGUGUGGUGAAGGCCCGGAUGCAAAGAAGGGAGUUGGUCGAUCGCCUGAGACAGCUAGAUGAGGAGCACGGGGUCGCGGUCUUCCUGGACCAUCACCAGCUCUCCUCGAUCUCAGAUCUCAACUGCGAAGGCCACUCAGCCCUUCACCUGAUGGCUGAAGAAGUGCGGCUGGGUGUGUGCGGCCUGCCACUUGCACUUCAGAUACUGGAGGCGGCCCCGAGCGAGAUCAUCAAUACCAAGACUCGGUCUGGAAGACCGAGUGAUGCCACCUGCCUCCAUAUGUUGGCGGGAAGUGGCAGGGACCAUGGGGCAGCCAAGGCGCAGAUCGUGCAAAAGCUGGUCCAGAAACGGGCGGACUUAGAGAUCCGAGACGCGCGCGGCUCAACGGCCUUCCUGAGGGCGGCCGGCUGCCAGAGUUUGGAGGUGCUCCAAACUUUGGCAGAAAGCAGAGCUGACAUACACGCGACCCAAUCGACUGGCAGAAACGCAUAUGAUGUCGCGAACACAGUGAAGAACUACCUGAAGACAUUGGGCCUCACCUACAGUGGCGCACGCGAGAUCGAGCGCGCAGAUAUCAUCGAUAAUAGCCUCGAAGCCAGGAAUGAGUUGUGCCAGGUCUUGGUGAUUCAUAUGAAGCUGUUCCGGCUGCCAGCCAGAGAGGCAACCCUAGAGCGACUCAACGUUGUUCUGCCAACAAUCCUGCUACAGGGCACGACUACAGCAGACUUGUACUCAGGCCUGCUAGCCAGGUUGCCAGUUUCAUUGUCAAAGCUUGCAGCAUCUGCUGGAGAGACGACCUUCAUGUUGAACACCGACAGUUUCACUAGUUGCCUGCGCUUGAACAAGGUCUUGGCAACCCAAGUUUGCUGUUUGUCCUGCCCUUGCAGAAUGCACCAAUUGUGCUUGUCUUUGACCUCUGGGCUUGUGUACUCAAACUUGAUGUCCGCCUUGUUUUGUGGCUCUCUUACGCUGCGCCAGUCCCGCUUCCAACAGCUUCUGCGCACGAGGCUGAAGACUCUGCUGGGAAAACCUGGCCAGGUGGUCCUGGUAUAUGAACGGCCUGAAGAUUCGGCUGUCAGCCACGCCGAGGCAGUCUGGGACUUGUUCUUUCCGCUGCUAGUCUAUGGCCAAGGCCAGAGCCAGAGCCAAACACAGGGCGAACGGCGGCUAUUGGGCCGGAAAGCGCAAGCCUGGCGUCGUCUCAAGCGGCAUCUGCAAGGUCCACUGUCGUCUGCAACUGUGACACACUAUUGUCCGCUUGGUUGUCACACCAGCCGUGAAGCUUUUGUGGAAGAGCUGUACCGCGACCUUUGCACGCUGUUCUUUGAUGCGCCGCCGCCGGUCCCGGCAUUCAAUAAGUGGACGAAGGUUGCCCCAGUCUUGCAAUGGUUUGGACCUUUGCUCCGUGUGCAUCAACUCCUGCCACAAAUCCUGGAGCCAGUGCUAGCGUCAGCUCGCACAGCUGCAGCUUCACGCAUAACUAAGGAGUUCCUCCCAGAAGACGGCGACCAAGAGGAAAUGCUGGAGGAUGCUAGUCGUGAUUUUGUCAAACAGGAGUAUUUGCGAAUUCGCAGGUUCCACACAUUUGUCACAGCGCCGAACAUUGGGGACAAAGUCAUUGCAGUGCUGUGCUCCAUGUUGCCCUCCUUGAACGUCCUGGGUGCAUUCUUUAAGUCUGCAACAGAGCCAGGACAGGUGUUGGCAAAUGCACCUGAAGCUUGUACAGCUCUCGACCUGGGGAUGCCAUCCCGGUCACCCGCACUGAAGGCCAUGGCUGUUCUCAUCGAAGCAUUGUCGGAUGAAAGACAUUCACUUUGGCAAGCUCUGCUCCCUGCCACUGCAGCCUGGACUGAUGAGCUCUACUGCGUAGCAUCUACCGCAGUGCUGCUUCAGCUAGGUCAACUGUACUCCCGACUCGUGCAGCCUUUCGCCUCUUGGCCUUGGAAGGCAGCUCGUUUUUUUGAAAACGAUGCAGUCGUGACCCAGGCCGAAAAGGAAGAUCUUGCAAAGGAGUUGUUGGCAUUGUGCGCUCACCAGGAUCCCUUUGUCAAUGAGUACAAAAAAGGAUUGCACACAGUGCAAGACGUCUUGAGCGAAGAUCAUUUGGAAAGGACGCACUACCUCCUUACAACGGCACCCAUCACGAACUUUGUGAGCGAAAAAUCCUUUGCCGGGUCUCACACUCGAAGGGCAUGCAACCAUGGGGUGAGCCCGAAAUUGCCGACCUUGGCAGCAGAGCAUGUGUUGGCAGAGAGCAAGUCUGUCGUGGACACUUGCAGCAGUGUGGUGCAGUCUGGAACUGCAGCAUUGAGCCGUCCUGUCGCCACGAACAAGGGACGCAGCGCUUGGCACGACUUUGUGAGACAACACAUGUCGUCAAAUGUGACGUUGUCCCACGUUGCCCGCCUAUGGCAUGCGUUGGAGCCUCCUGCCCGAAGACACAGCACCUUUCGGCUGCCAGCCAGCAAUGGAGACGUUCCCACAAAUCGGCUGUCAGCCCGUGGUUGCAGCAAGGACACGCCGCAACACGGUGGCGACUGGCAGGAGCCUUCCUGCGCUGCAACACCUUGGCCGCACACUUGUGACUCGUUCUAUCCUAUCAGAGCAGACGCCCUUCAAGAGCUGCCACAGGUCGUUCGCAAUCUGGCCAGCUCCUGGUGCCAACGCAUUGGAGAGGACUUGUGCAAGUCAAAACCAACGCCCGCCAUCCAAGACCAACCGAUCUGUGACACCGAGUGCGUUGACAAAAUCGCAGAGAGUGUGCGUGCUGCCCGAGAAAUGUGGCGCAAACGACUCAACCGCUGGUCAGCCUUGUUCAAAACAAGGCCAGGAGCAAAGAACUUUGACAAACCAUGGAAGCCCUUGCCACUGUACCACAUCUGUCCUUCAGAUGCCAGGUUCCCAGGUAAUCGUGGUCUGCUUUUGCUGGAAGUUUGUCCUUUGCAUGACCAUCAAGUGUACUGCCGAUGUGCAGGCGCAAACGUGGUCAACGGAGCCCAAGUGCAGCUUGCGAUGGAGAGCGCCAAUCUCGUUCCGGCUUCAAAGAUCUUGCGCGACCUGCAGAAGAUGCAGCAUGAAUGUGGUCCCUUGCAAGCUUCCUUUGUAAACUACAAGCACCAAGGCUUGAUUUCGAUCGAGAUCUUGGGUUUGGACGAUUUGGCGGUCAAAGAGAAAGAGCGUGCUUGCAAGGAAGCGGUUCACAAGGAUGCAGCGCAAGUGAAGAGAACGAUUGGUUUGCUAGACGAUGCAUCUCUGUGGCAGCCAAAAAAAAGACUCCGGGUCAAGAGCGCAGGCGGUGGCCGUCGCCAAGACAAUGCCGCAGAGGGCAGCGCUGGACCUGGACAUGACGAGGCGAGUGACCCAGUGCAGGAGUGGGACGCAGAGCUCGAUGCACGAGCACAAGUCGGCGAGGUAGAGUCUCACGACCAAUGCUUCGCUUACGAGCUUUUCGAGGAGUUCGGGGCAGAUGCUUCGGACAUUGAAGAUGCCCUUGACAUGGCCGCGGAGUGUGAAGCGCGUCCUUCCACAGCAACAGCUUCCGCUUCCGGUUCCGGAGCAGCGGGAGGAGCAGCAGCUUCGAGCAGCAGCGCCGGCCGUCAGGCCGACUGCCAAGUGACCAUGGACGCAACUGGCCGAGUGUUCGAUGGCAGUGGCAUUUACUUGGGUCGGUUGACCAGCCUGAAACCUGGCACAAAGGACGAGGCCUUUUCGGUUUACUGCGCGCGUCACGGGUGCCAGUUCUUGCGCAAGGUUGCCAGGGCACCAAGCAAGCAAGCUUUGUUGGCCUGGUUCCAAGAGGGAACAAUGCUUCCUGCCGGGAAGCAUCCAUCUUUGCAACACCGCCACAAGCAAAGCUUUCCGAGUGCAGACGAUUGA